AAUGGAGAGGCAGCUGAGGACAGGGACACAUUUAAAAUAAAAAGUUGUUAGCAGACAGAUGCUGCUACGCAAUUGACCUAUUGACUGUAUCAUGCGGCUGCAGGGAGCGAUGCUGCCUCUUGUCCUUCGCCUGGUAUUUUUUGCUUCCCACUUCAAUCGUUAUGCCUCCUCCUAUGUUGGAUGGGUUUGUCGCUUGCCAAAGGAGGUUGCUUGGAUGCAAGCAAAGUCUCUUUCCCCUCCACAGCCAUAUCUACACCCACCAAAGGCAGAUGGAGAGAGUGAAGUGGAAGAACAAGCACACGGCUCAGUUGCUCUCCAACCUGAGAAGAGGUAUCCGUCUGCUAUCUUGCAAUGAGUAAUCGGCGGCAAGCCAGCAGUUCCUUUGUCCACUAUCCUUCCAGCUUCCCCAACUCCUAAGUUUCUUUCAGAGUCCAUCAUGGUGAAUUCUUGAUGGCAUCAAGUCCUCCCAGCCUGUCAAAGAAACACUUUGGAAGUGCAGCAAAAAAAUAAAAAUCGCUUGCACGCCACUGCCGAGGCAUCUUUGGAUGUCAAUGCCAACUUUUUGUCCUUUCCAGGGAUGCAAAGGAAUACAAAUGAGUUUGCUGCCUGCAAAGCUGCAGGGAAGGAAGACGAAAGCCACCUUCAUGGGAUGGAGACUGUCCUUUGUAGGAAGAUGGAGCUGAUGUGUAUGGGGAGGUUUCUGGCAUAGUUGUGAUUUGAAGUUGCUUGACAAGGAAGAAAUUGAAGGAUCAAGCGAAAAGAUGCAAAGUGUCUCAUUUUGACCUCUGCAAGAUUCACGUCUCUGGAAUCCACCAAAUUCUUAUUUGGAAGAAAAAGAGGAGGAGAAAUGACAAUUCUGAACCUGGGAAAGGCAACUGUGAUCUGAUCUGACCUACCAUACCUGUCCACUCUCCAAAAGACAGGAGAAGGUGGAGGACUGUCUGCUCAGUGCUGUGUUACUUGUAACUUUCGUGGGGUGAUUUUGGCACUCGGUCCCUUUGCAGAGGCAUGUAAGCUCAGCUUUGGAAGGUGCUGGAGCAACCUCUCCCUCCGUUGGGAGCUAUCCAUGGUCCUGAAAGGUUCUGGACAGCUUCCCCAUCCCUCAGCUACUUCUUGGUGGACUCGAACCUUGGCCAGACCACAGUGUUCCUUCUUAGCAGGUGUUGGCAUUGCCAGUUGUUCUUGGAAGAAAGUGCAUAGUCCAGGGAAGAAAUCAAGUAGGGACCAUGCUAGCAGGUGCCUCUGAGUCGGAUUUCAAUGCCUCCUUUUUCUUUCCAAACAACUCGGUGGCCUGCAUGGCAGGGUUGUUGUGUAUCAACGGCUCAGAGCCCCCUCGCCCGCCCCGCUUGGUGGACGCCUGGCUUGUACCCCUCUUCUUUGCCUUGCUGAUGGUGGUCGGCUUGGUGGGCAACUCCCUUGUGAUCUACGUCAUCCGAAAACACAAGCCGAUGAGGACAGUGACCAACUUCUACAUUGCCAAUCUAGCCGCUACCGAUAUCAUCUUCCUGGUGUGUUGCGUCCCAUUCACCGCCAUGCUCUACCCACUUCCAGGCUGGAUCUUUGGGGAGUUCAUGUGCAAAUUUGUCAACUACAUCCAACAGGUCUCGGUGCAAGCCACGUGCAUGACUCUGACGGCCAUGAGUGUGGACCGGUGGUAUGUGACAGUCUUCCCACUGCGGUCCUUGCGGCAGCGCACCCCUCGCCUGGCCAUGGCUGUCAGCCUCAGCAUCUGGGUUGGUGAGUCAGGGCUUUGGGGAGCGCAAUGGGUACAGGGCAAGAUUUUGUUUCGGUCGCCUCUGGAUCAGAAUGUGCAUGUUUCCAAGUUAUACCGCCAUCCUUGCUUUUUGUGCAAUGAGCUCAAGGUGGAGUUCAUGACUCCUUUUGCCCGCCAGGGAGGCAGACAAACAGUGUGUUUGUGUGUC